AAAUCAGGCUCAUGUUGCCAGUGUGGGUGUAUUUCCUGGAAGGGAUUGACAUAGCAGGGCUCGUUUUGGUUCAUUGUUCAGAUGCUGGACACUGGCAGCACACACAGUUGACCUGCCUCCACCACACAUCACCUCUGGUCCUCUAAGAGACACACAGAUGCCGUACCUCAGUGCAGAGGCAUGAUGCAGAGGAAGCUGACAUUGCUGGUUGGCAUCAGCGCCUUCACGGUCAUCCUGAUACUGAGGUGGCAGCGGGAGAUAACCCUGGUGAACACAGACACACCCUCAGCAGAGACUGCCCUGCAGCCACGGCAACGGGCACCCACGGACACCAUCACCCCCAUCCCAGGCUCCAGACACCUCAUGGUAUCUGCCUUCAAGGACCACAGACAGGGCAGAGUCAUCCGGGUCAUCAGCAUCAUCUGCAGGCAGGAGCUGCAGCCGCUCUACUGCGUCCUGUGUGCCAAUGAUGAUGCUAAUGCUAACGCUGAUUAUAAUGCUAUCACUGAUGCUAAGGCUCUGAGUCGAUGCACAACUUCACCGGCAGAAGUUGACGUGCACAGUGACAACUUUGGCUUUCCUUUUGUCACUUCAGAUGUGUUUUGCACAAGUGAAUCAUUAAAGCAAGCCACACAUGUUAGCAUAACGACUAAUCAAACCGUCAUCCACAAUUUGACAUUUUUACUAAUCCAAAACCAGAAGGUAAAAGAAUCAUUUAGGUAUAACUUCACCAUAUGCAUAUCCAACCUGUUUGGGGAGUACAAUAAUGCCCUCCAGUUUGCACAGACCAUGGAGGUGUACAAGCUGAUUGGGGUUCAGAGGGUUGUCAUCUACAACACCAGCAGUGGCCCAGAUGUUGAGAAAGUCCUCAGGUAUUACAGUAGAGAGGGUAUGCUGGAAGUUGUGCCUUGGCCAAUAGACAAGUUCCUAACGCCCUCUACUGGGUGGAGGUAUGACUUGCACCACGGUGACAUUCAUUAUUACGGACAGCUGACCACUCUGAACGAAUGCAUAUACAGAUAUAUGUACCAGUCAAAGUACCUCCUGCUGAAUGACUUUGAUGAGAUCAUUAUGCCUUACAAACAUGCCAGCCUGGAGAAGCUAAUGGACACAUUGCAGCAGCAACACCCCAAUGCAGGGGUCUUCAGGAUCGAGAAUCACAUCUUCCCCAAAACGCAGUUUGAAGACACUGGGCGAUUUCGUCUGCCUCAGUGGAGGCGUGUGCCUGGUGUGAACAUUCUGGAGCACAUCUACAGAGAGCCAGACAGGAAGAACGUGUUCAACCCCACCAAGCUGCUGAUUGACCCUCGGAGAGUGGAGCAGACUUCGGUCCACACCACGCUGAAGCAGUUUGGAUCCGAUGUUGCGGUCCCGUUCGAUGUCUGCCGCAUCAUCCAUGUCAGGGUCCCCCUGCAAGGACGCCUCUCCAAAGACCAGUUGCUUGUGGACAAGAAACUCUGGGAGUUUGAGAAGCGUUUGAUUCCCAGCGUUGAUCUUGCAUUGAAUCAAUCAGGUCUGCUGUGAACAAAAAACUGUGCUGUAUCAUUAUCUUCUGGCACAAAGGGAAUGGAAAAUAGUCAUAACCAAUUGUUUACUUUUUAAAAAAAAAACUGCUUUUACAUUUAAAGCAUGUGGCAAUUUGAUCAAUGGAUUUGCAGUAGUAACAACUUAAGUCAUUUAAUGACAGGCCAUCUGGGAGAGAAAGAGUUUAUUCAUGUCAGCAUAUUAUAGCACAAAAUGCAAAACCCUGAAGUUGUUGGAUUUUUUUUUGUAAUGUUAUAAAUUAUAUGUGCUACAAGAACUUUAACCUUACAGUAGGUAUCGUAGCUUAGGCUACGGAGCUUCCUUCAGUAAUAACUGUUCAAUUAUUACAUUAACAUUGACAUAAAUGCUAAGUAGGCUACAUAUAAAAAAUAGGGGUGGUUCAGGAUUUUGGACAUAGGACCUCAUUUCCAAGUAAGCAAGUGUGAUAUUUGGAGACCUUUUACAAC